AUGGAGGUGCAGACGGGCAUAUUUGCAGCACCUCUGCGAAAGCUGGCGGUGGGGGUGCUACAGCAGGGUCCAGUCCCCCAGCAUGUUGCAUUCAUCAUGGACGGGAACCGGCGGUAUGCGCAAAAGCGGGGACAGGAGACCAAGGAGGGCCAUAAUUCAGGAUACAACACGCUGUCCAGGAUUCUGGACUUCUGCUACCAAGUGGGUAUCCACGAGGUCACAGUUUAUGCGUUCAGCUUGGAGAACUUUCGCCGCCCCACUGCAGAAGUUGAAGCGUUGAUGGAGAUCGCCAGAACACGGCUGCGGCAGAUUUGCGACCGAGGCGACCUUGUCGAGCGAUACGGAAUUCGCAUCAAUUUCAUUGGAGACCUGAGUCUACUUCCCGAAGACGUCCAAGAGACCUGCCGGUACGUUGCAGAUUUCAGCCGAAAAAACACCCACUCGAUUCUUAAUAUUUGCAUGCCCUACACAGCCCGAGACGACAUUGCCCACUCUAUUCGGACAAUUGCGAAAAACAAGGUAAACUCGAACGAAAUCGACGAGUCGACCAUACGGGACCACAUGUACACGGCAGGGUCCAGGCCCUUGGACCUGCUUAUUCGAACCUCAGACACCAACCGGUUCAGUGAUUUUUUAUUGUGGGAAACAGAGUCUCGCCGGACGCAGCGAGGCACGCACAUUGUGUUUUCCAAGAGCCUGUGGCCGGAGUACUCUGUGUUUGAGCUUUUCUGGACCCUGGUGAAGUGGUCGUACAGCGCCGAAUAA